AUGCUCUUUUCAACGUUGAGGAAACGCCUCCCGGCGACAGCGCCCAACAGCCUAUCCCCCACCGCCUCCCGGCGCACAUCCAGCGCGUCCCCCAUCCCCGGCGUUGACCCGCACGACAGCCAAACCCUCCUCCUCCCCGACGGCCGCGUCCUGGGCUACGCCGAGUACGGCCUCCCCACCGGCUUCCCUCUCCUCUACUUCCACGGCUUCCCCUCCUCGCGCCUCGAGGCCCGCGCCCUCGACCGCCUCGCCCGUGCCCGCCGCAUCCGCGUCAUCGCCCCCGAGCGCCCCGGCUUCGGUCUGUCCACCUUCAGGCACAGGCGUAUCGCAGACUGGCCCGCCGACAUGCGCGCGCUCGCGGACCAUCUGCGGCUCGAGCGCUUCGCGGUGCUCGGCGCGUCGGGCGGGGGGCCGUAUGCGCUUGCGUGCGCGCUCCAGCUGCCAAGCGAGAGGCUGGCGGCGGUGGGCGUGCUCGCGGGGGCGCCGACGUGGGCCGCGGGGACGAGGGAUAUCAUGCUGAUGUCGCGGGUCGCUUCCUUCCUCGCGAGGCGCUGUCCUAACGCGUUCAGAGUGGGCACGGACGCGGCGAUGUGCGCGCUCAGGUGGCUUCUGCGUACCCGCCUGGCGGUCCGCCUGAUGAACAGCGCCCUGGCGAGAGUCCAGCGGGACGACUCGGACGAGGCGGUCGACGACGUCCGACUGCGCACGCUGCGCAUGCUCUUUGAGGCCUUCGCGCAGGGCUCGGCGGCCUUCGUGCACGAGGCGCGGCUGCUCACGGAGGACUGGGGGUUCAGGUUCGAGGACGUCCAGUACGACAGGGUGCAACUCUGGCAUGGGACCAAGGACGUCAAUGCCCCGAUCCGCCAUACGCGGUAUAUGGCUGAGCGCCUACCGCAUGGUGUUCUCCAUGAGUAUGAGGGCGAGACGCAUUUCACGAUUUUGCAUCAUCUGGAGGAGAUUAUGUCAGAACUCCUCCCCCAGCAGACCCCGACAGAUGGCGAGGGAGAAUUGUAGUGUUGUUUUCGUUUUCCAUUCCAAGGUAACUAAUGGAGGUAGGUAAUUAUUUACGGACGCCGGCAGAACUAUACCCCUACUCAAACGAUAUACGUCCCACCCUCUGGACCCCCCAUUCAUGUGAGACCGUCCAUUCUGUACUGAUAGCCUUGCUU